CACAAACCUCUACUGAUGAAACGCCACCCAAAACUAAUCAAGAAGAAGGAAAACCAGAUGAUGAGAUUGUGAUUGAGUCACCUGCUGCUCAGACUCAAGUUUUGCAAAAAGAAACACUGGAAAUGAAUGAGACACCUUCUUCUCCAAUAUCUCCAAAGAGUAUUGAGGCUCAAGUUUUUACUCCAAUUCAGAAACAACAGGUAAAUGUUCAAAAAAUCUUGGAGAUUUCAAGUAAUGUUUGAAAGCUUUUGUACGUGUUUUUGAUCCCAUACCUGACUUUUUUUUUGUUUUUUUGCAGACGGUAACAGAGGAAACGUAUGAGGCUACACAGCCAUUGACUGAGAUCAUUUCAGCAAACAAUAAAAAGGUAAGCAUAGAAAUGUCUUUCAUAAGUACAACUUGAAUUUUAAAUUGUAGAAACUUCUUCAUAACUACCUCUUUUAUUUUACUGUUAUUACAGGAGGAUACGCAUGCUGUGCAUCACACACCUUCCUCUCCAUUGUCUUCACUAAUUGCACUAGUUAUUGAAGAAAAUAAGAAUGCUUUGGUAAGAAGAAAUAUUUAAAAUGUUUAUGUAAUAUUUUUCUAUUCAACUAACUCUUACCAUUUACUUUUGUCUUAUAGAGUGAGACAGAAACUGCGACCCAAUAUUUUUCUACAAGUGAAGGAGAGCAUACACAAUCAAGCAGAAAGAAUCAAGCAGAAGAAUAUCUCAAGGAUACUACAGAACCUACUACUGAGCUAGUUUCCACAGAUGUUUCGAAGACACAGCCUCUUACUCCGCAAACACAGCACCUUCAGACAAGUGAGGGAGAUCAAUCCGAUGAGACACCAUCAGAGCAGAAUCAAGCAGAAGAAAAUCUCAAGGAUACUACAGAACCUACUACUGAGCUAGUUUCCACAUAUGUUUCGAAGAUGCCGCCUAUUACUCAGCAAACAGAGCAUCUUCAGACAAGUGCUAUAGAUUUUUCAGAAACAAACGAGGUAUGCAUCGAGUAUAUUUGAUCUUUAAUUAUUAUUCUAACAAUUUAAAACCGCUGAUGUUACUGAAUCUUCAUUUUUAAUAGGUUGAAGUAAGCAGGCGUAUAGCUCACUUUCAAAUAGGCGCAGAGGUUGAGAUUUUGUCUACUGAUGACGAAAUAUGGUAUCCAGGAAAGGUUGUUGAUCUUAAACUGUGUGAAGGACUAGAGGAGCUGACAGUUGAGUACACGACACUCUUCACAUACCAACAUAAUAGACUUCAGAAACUUCAGGAUACUAUCACGGCUGACAAAAUACGUCCUGCAACACCAACUAGUGACCAAAAAUCCUUUGAGAUGAUGGAUAAGGUAGAAGCCUUUUACAACAAUGGCUGGAGCAGCGGACAAAUUAGCAUGGUACUUGGUGAUAACACAUACUCGGUGUGUCUCUAUACUUCUAUGGAAACUAUUCUAUUCAAACAUUCAGAUUUGCGAAUUCAUAGAGAAUGGAAAGAUGGAGUCUGGAAGAUGGCAGAUAAGGUGAAGCCUGAUAAGAAAAGGAAAGCUGCUGCCUCAUCACAAAAUUCAGGAAUGGAUAAUGUUUUCCUAAGAAGGAGCGAGAGGGUGACUAAACGAUCUAGAGACACAAAAACUCCAUUCAAGUCUGACAGAAAUCCGGCUUUAACUGUAAUACCUGAGAUUAUACCUGCAGUUGAUCCGUUUUCAACUCCUGCGGAACAUAAGCUUUCAAGGCUUCAAAAUUGGAUGACAUUAAAGCCCGGCAUGCAUGAAACGUCCCUAUCAAUCAAUGAUAAUAAGAUAAGGAAAUCUUUCUUUCAAAGCAUGGAAAAUGCAAAAAAGGACCUUAAGAAAGAGCACAUUGAUGGAGCCUUUGCAAUGCUAAAUUGCAGAAGAAAUGAGAAUGCUGCUUGGUUCCACAACUACAAGAUUCCAAAGGCGUGCUUCCUACCUAUGGAGUUCUUGCAUUGCUUGCUCUCUGAUGAUUUGGCUUACAAGAAAGAAAAGGUCAAAGGUAAAAAGAUUUUCAACGAUAUAUUUAAAGAUACUGUGAGAGGGAAGGUAUAUCCAGAGAAGACAUGGGGAGAAGAUGUUGAUGUUGUGUAUGGGAUUACUCUUGGAAAAAAAAGCAAUGUCUGGAUUGGGAUGGAAAUUCAUUUGAAGAAGAAAAGAAUCACAGUAUAUGAUUGUUUUCAAAAGGAAAGCAACAGCAUUGAUAUUCCUCAAGUGAAAAAGUUGGCAGGUAUGUAUAAACAAUUUGUAUUUGAUGUAUUCAACUGUUUCUUGGUUUGAAAUAUUCAACUGAUUCUAUCUUGAUAUUGAUUUUUAAAUAUGACAGUGUUGAUUACUAAUCUGCUGGUGGAAUCUUCUGGUGAUGAGGUAGAUAAAGUGAAGAUGAUUCCAUUUGAGAUUGAGCAGGCACAAGGUUUACCCAAGACAAAACAUCCUUUCAACUGUGGGAUAUUUCUUGUCAAGAUUCUGGAGUGCCAGUCAUUGAAGAUAGGAGACAUGACAAAGAUUAAUGAUGACAAUGCAUUGGAGCUAAGGAGAACCUUGUCUUGUGAGAUAUUCAACCAAUUUGUGGAUGAGAGCUUUGGGAAAUGAGAAUGAUGCAUGAAAACAUUUUUUGUUUUAGUUAAGACUCGGUUUUAGUUAUGACUGUUUAUUUUGUUAUGUUGUUGGCGUCUGGUUACAUAAGAAAGAUUGGAAGGAUAUCAAGUAUUUUUUUUGGGUAUCAUAUAUCUUGGAAGGUUAAAAUAAUGUUUUGGAUGGGUUUCCAGAAAAAAAGUUAAGUGUUUCAAAUGUAAAAAAGAAUGAAAUGAGAUUAUAUACUAAGGAUUGGACAUGUAUAUGGUAAGCUUAAAAUUGUGAUGUUUACAGACAACAAAAAUUUAGAACCACAAAGGAUCGAACCCAGAGGGAGAGAGUUUGCGUAUUUGGAUAGUGUGGGAGUUUAGCCACUAGGCCAAGAAGAAUCAUCUGUUAAUGGAUUACAUUUAAUUUUAUUUAACUCCAAACUGUAACACAAAAAAAAAUUAAAAUUGAUUUUGAAUCCACCACAUAUCGAACCCGGGGAUAGAGAGACUUUUGAGUUAUGAAAUGCCUUGGUUUAACCGCUGGUCUGAGGAGAAUCAUCUGUUAAAGAAUAUUACAUAAACAUACUUAAACCAAUUAAUAUAGGAUAGGUUUCCAAAACAAUACAUUUCGAUUGAAAAAAGACAAAACUCUUGCCGUCUCAACACUCUCGCCGUUUCAAACUUCUCGAAUCUCACUCGUCUCCGCCUCUCGAAUCUCUCUCUCAUCUCCAUAUCUCUCGAUCUCCGACGAAAACCCAUCUCCAGAACUCUCUCUCUCUCUCGAUCUUUUACGCGAGCUCUCUCUAUUCUCCGAGAAAAACCAUUUCUAGAGCUCUAUCUCUUUAAGGUAUGUUGCAGAUUCAACCUUAUGUGUGUUUUCUUUCUGAGAGAUUGGUCUCCUGGUUUUUGCUUGUGUAUAGACUUGCUCGUUUUAACCUAAUAUGAUUGGUAGAAUUCUAGUUCAUGUGAAAGCAUGUGUAUAGACUCAGGAAGGAUUUGUAUUGUUUCAGGAAACCCUUCCUGAAAAUUGGAUUUUAAUUAAUUUAGACAAAUAAAAUUUUUCUUGUUUACGCAGGAUAGAAACAAGAUGGGAGAUCCAUUACCAUUAAGACUAGCACUGCCUGAGCUGAGGUAUCCGAUUGGAUCAGAGCCAGAGAAGACGAUAUCGAUAAACCAACACUCGAUAGUUGCUUAUAUCAAAACUGUUAAGGAAAUUCUAGGAAAUGAUGAGUUCAACAGAAUAAGAGGGACGUUUUUGGGACCGGUGAUCAAGCUUGGAGAGAGGUCUUUGAAAUUAUCAGCUAAGAUAGUGCACGCAGUUCUCACCAAAAGCAUCAAGACAGUGAAGAGACACGAAGCAUGGUUCCAUUUUGGUGCUCAGCCAAUGAGGUUCUCUAUAAGAGAAUUCCACAUGGUGACUGGUUUGAAAUGUAGUGGUGAAGCAAGAGAACCACGAGAGGAAACCGAGAAAUUUAAGUGGGACUUCCUAAAAGGGCGUACUCAUACAGUAAAGGACGUGGAGAAGCAGCUCAGAAACACAAGAGAAGAUGCUUCUGAUGAGAGAUUCUGCCUUGCAAUGCUCCUCCUGAUUGAGAGCAUACUACUACAGAAGAGCCUUCUCGACGGUGGCACAACUUUUACUUUGGAUUAUGUGAAAAUAGCGCAGGAUAUGGAUGUCUUGAUGACAUACCCAUGGGGGAGAACAGCUUAUAAUUUGCUGUUAAAAUCACUUCAGAGAGCUGUCGACAAAAGCCUCGACAAAAACAAUUAUGAUUUGCAAGGAUUCCCUAUGGCAUUUCUUAUAUGGAUACUUGAGUCAGUACCUUUGCUACAGUAUGCAUUCAGUCAAGUUGUUCCUAUUCUGAGCGUUCAACCGUCUACCCCAAUAUUUUUGUGUGAGAAGUACCUUCAAAUAGCUUCUCCACAGCUGAUAGAUGUUCUCCUAAUUGAAAUCAAAGAUCAUGUAAGUUUUUACAUUAUUUUUUUCUUGUUUCUGUUUUGCCUUAUGAUUCUCCAUUUAAAAGCUAAUUAUUUUUAUGGUUUCAGCUUAAGGUCACAUGCAUCCUACCUCCUAUUUCUAAUGAUCCAGAAGCUGAUGUUUGCAUGGAAGACGAAGCUAAUAAAGAUCUGGAUGACAUGGCCGAUUUAUCCAAGAGAGGUUAUAAGUUUAAAAUUAGAGAUUGGCGAAACAUGUCAGUAGACCUAUACGGUGCUAAUGAACAAAUAAGAAGAGCAUCUUUACUGUUUGGGAAUGGAGGGAUGAGUCAAGCUUCUUCUUCGUAUCAGGAGGAGUCUUUGGAAUCAAAGAUCAACAGAAUCAGCGAGAUGGUGGGAGAUAAUUUAAGGAUCAUGAACGAUCGUUUGUGUUUGAUUGAAAAAGACAGGAAACAGAUUAAAGAACGUGUGACAAAACUAGAGAAACUACAAAGAGUUACUUCAUAUGAAACCCCAAACAAUGAGGUAAUUUUUUUUCGGAAAUUAAAAUUAAUGUUUAUCUAGUUCUUGAUUCAGUUUUUUUUUGAGUUGUCAAGUAAUUUUGGAAGAUGUUAUACAUAUUUAGGAUUGCCUUCCUAAUUUUUGUUGUACUUGCACAGACUGACACAACUCCAUUUCAUGAGACGGCUUCCAGACAAGGUGAAGCCAAUGCAGAUCAAGCAGAUGAACAACUUAACAAUGAGGCAAGUAUAAUUUUGAAAACUGUUGGUAUUUAUAAAAUUAUGAAUUUGGUUGUACUUAAAUUAAUUUUUGGAAGUUCUUGUACGAGUUCAUAAUCCCAUUCCUGACUUCAGGAUACACGAGAGCCUAUGAAUGAGAUCACGAAAGAGACACCUGGUUCUCCAAUAGCUCAACAGAAUAUUGAGACUCCAGUCCUUACUCCAAUUCAGACGCAGCAGGAGACUCACGAGCUUAUGAAUGAGAUCAUUUCACCAAACAUUUCCGACACACAGCCAAAUACCCGAGCUCGCAGAAAUCUUUUAACAGAGCAAAAUAAGGAUGUAGAAAGCAGAGUUCAAAAUCCCUUUGAGAUCGGAGCAAAUGUGGAGAUUUCAUCACAAGAUGACAAUACUUGUCAUAAAUGGUAUCCAGGAAAUGUGUUGGCAACAUAUUUGGUUGAUGGGGUUGAGAUGGUGAAAGUUGAGUACUUCGUCCCGUCUCUGGACGAAAAGAAGAGGAAAAGGAGUGUUGAGACACGUGUAUCAAUUGACAGAAUACGUCCUCAACCACCACCUGAGAGAUCUGGAGCGAAGAAAAGUUAUGAGCUAAUGCAGGACGUGGAGGCGUUCGACAAUGGUGCCUGGUGCGCUGGAAAAGUUAAAGUCAUUUUGUUUGAUGGCUCGUGUUUUGUCUCUUUGAACAAUUCUAAAGAACAAAUUUACUUCCACCAUUCUGAGAUGCGAAAACCAAGAAAAUGGGUAGAUGGUGUUUGGGAGAUGACAAAAAAGAUGGAAGAAGAGCAGACGCAGAGUGUGAAUCCAAGUGAAGGAGAUGGUGAUAAAAAGGGGAAGGCGAAGGCUGUCGCUUGUAAGAAAAAUGAAGCAGCUGGUCCAUCAGAAGAUGGUGUUGGGAAAAUGGCAAAAGAGAUGGAAGUAAAGCAGGGUAAGAGUGUGAAACCAAGUCAAGACGAUCAUGCAAAAAAGGGGAAGCCUGAUGUUGGUAAGAAGAAGAAAGCAAAUGCUCAGCCAGUAGAUAUGCUUCCUUUUCUACAGCGAGAAGAGAAGAGGCCAAUACGACCUAGAAACCCUCCUAUACCUGUAACACCUGAGGUAAUCCUUCCAAUUGAUCCAUUUGUGACACCUGAAUUUCCUCGGUUUUCAAGGCUUGCACACUGGAUGGAUCUACGGGGCAUAUAUCGUGUACCGUUUUAUAUCAAUGGAAAAGAAAUUGAAAAAGAGUUCUUUCAAAAAAUGGACGAUGCAGAAAACAAUCUCAACAAAGAGCACAUAAAUGUUGCAUUUGAAAUGCUAAAUUGUAAGAGGGUUGAGCAAGGUGCUUGGUUCCGCAACAACAAUCUUCCAGCAGCAUGCUUUGUACCAGUCAAAUUCUUAGAAGUGGUUGGGUACGCUUAUGAAUCUGUCAGGAAGCCACAUAAGAAAAAACAAACGUUAUUGGAGGGCUGUGUAGGCGAACUUGUGAAAGGUUUAAUACAUCCAAAGAAGGUAUGGCUGGAAGAUGUUGAUGUUAUAUAUGGUGUCAUUGAAGAUAAGUUGAGCUAUCACUAUAUUGGGGUGGAGAUACAAUUGAUGGACAACACAAUCACACUCUUCCAUUGUGGUCUUCCAAAAGCAAAUAUCAAACGUGCUCUUAAUCAAAUCCAAGAACUGGCAGUGUUGAUUAGUGCCAUAAAGAUGGAACUUCUUGGUGAAGAGGUUAAUUUCGAAGAUAUCAGUCCAUUUGAAGUUAAGUUUGCAGAAGGGCUUCCAAAGACAAAAUUUCCAUACAACUGUGGUAUUUUUGUUGUGAAGAUGCUGGAAUGCAGGUCACUGGGAUUGAAGAGCAUGGCUAAUAUAAAUGAUGAAACUGCGAUGGACUUACGAAGCAAGCUAUGUUGUGAGAUCUUCGACCAGUUUAUGGAUAAAGAUUUCCAGGAAGGUCAAAGGAAGUGAAAAUGUCAUAUUUGUUCUACUCUGUUUUCUACUCUGUUUUCUACUCUGUUUUCUACUUUGAUAUUAAUUAUCCCUAACGUUUAAGUUUAAGUUUGUAAUGAAUCCCUAACGUUUUUUUCAUUUAGAUUGUUAUUGAAAAUUUUUUAGGAUGUAUUGAUGAAUUGUCAAAUGCUUAUGGUACUUUUAGGAUGGGUUUCCAGAAAAAGAGUGAGAAAGCAAAAUGCACCAAAGCCUAGCAAAUUCCUUUAAAGUUUACAAAAAAAAUGAAAAAGAAUGUGAUCCGAUGUUGAUUGAACUCGUGAACUCUCGAAAGAUGAAUCAAAGUGUGCAGCCGCUGUGCCAAGGGUGUUAUACUUGCCAAAAGCUAUAAUAAAACGAAAAUAACUUUUGAAUAUGUAAUUAAAAACAGAAAAAAGUGUAAGUAUACACAAACGGGGAUCGAACACGGCUUAUUGUGUGAUAAGGGUACACUAAGAGUAGAACGGAUUGCCACUAGGCUACGGUGGAUAUUCGAUAACAGAGUAAAUGUGAACUUAUUUAUUCACAGACGAUAGAUUUAUAUAAUCUGGAUAUCAUUUUAGGUAUUCAGGAUAGCUUUCCAAAAACAAAUUCCUUUAAAGUUUACAAAAAAAAAAUGAAAAAGAAUGUGAUCUGAUGUUGAUUGAACUCGUGAACUCUCGAAAGAAGAAUCAAAGUGUGCAGCCGUUGUACCAAGGGUGUUAUACUUGCCAAAAGCUAUAAUAAAACGAAAAUAACUUUUGAAUAUUUAAUUAAAAACAGAAAAAAUGUGAGUAUACACAACGGGGAUCGAACACGGCUUAUUGUGUGAUAAGGGUACACUAAGAGUAGAAGGGCUUGCCACUAGGCUACGGUGGAUAUUCGAUAACAGAGUAAAUGUGAACUUAUUUAUUCACAGACGAUAGAUUUAUAUAAUCUGGAUAUCAUUUUAUGUAUUCAGGAUGGCUUUCCAAAAACAAAUAAGCAAAUCAGAUAACCAAGUUACAAGAACACUAGGCCAAACCAUUACAAAAUAGUGAAAAACAUUGAACAAUUUUUUUAUUUAGGUUGUUAAUUGAAGAAACAACACAAGAGAAACAAAAGUACUUAUUCAUUUAAAAUAAAAACUGAAAAUCAAACAUAAUGUGGUCCUUAAAAACAUAAAAAGAGAAGAUGAUAACAUGAAAUUACUCAUGACACAGCCAACUUUCGCCAAGUUUAUCCCAAUCAGGGACUUUGACCUUCACAUCAGCAAGCAUUCCUUCCGCUUCCGAGUGCUCUUCUUUGAGUUUCUCCAACUCAGCAGUUAAAUCAAAUUUUCCAUCAGCUUUGAUAAUAUCUUCAAGCAACUCGAUUUGGACAGCAAUUGAAUUUGCUUUGCUGGAUGCCAGAUUCCAAUCAUUCUCAGAUAGCCUGUAUUCGUUGGACAAACGAAGAAGAGCCCUGUAAUGUACCACAGUUUCCUUCUUCCCCUUAUUGAAACCUUCGGCGGCAUCACAUCCGUAAACCUCCUCUAUGGGACGCUUCAUCAUCUUCUUUGAACUUCCUUCCAUUGAAACUUUGUCCUGCAACAAAAUCGAAACUAAGAUGUUACGAUAAAAUAGAAAUAGAAAAAAGUUCAUGAAUUGAAUGGAAAAU